ACCUUCUCAUCAUAUACGUCAUUCCUUUACUAUAUACUACUUUUCUUCAAUUCCUUUCUCUCUUAAUCGUUCUCUUUUUAUCUAUCGAAUUCGGGAAUAAGUUUGUCACUGUCCUUUUAAAAACUUGCUUUACUCUAUCCUCUACUACUAUAAGCGUAUGUAUGGAAGUAGACACUCCAUUAUAAAUUUUUAUGUACGUGCACAUCGAAAGAGAAAAUACGAACAGUUAAGAAAAAGAGAGAGCAGGGGAAUCCCUGUUAAAGUCUGUUUCUGUUGGCAUGUGCGCCACGAGCCCCGUAGGCCCGUAGUUAGAGGUGGACGCCAGUCGUUAGUUCAAAAUAAUCCAAAUUCCACCGUGUUCUUCUCGUCUUCUUGUACGACAACCUGCUCUCCCAGCACACGUCAUGCGUGCUGCCAGAAAAGUUAACAUUGUAUUGGUUUAGUUAGUUUUAUACUUGAAAAAUAUACCACCGAUGAUGUGGCGGUUGGAAUUUUCAAUUGACUUAUGUUAAUGAUGAAGUCAAAGAAAUUCUUCAUAUUCAACAAAAAGUUGUUUUAAAAAAUAAAAUUAACGCACCCAGCAGCACCAGUGAAAAGACUGUUUUCUAGGAGUACUUAAAAUAAAGUUUCAAUUAUAAAAUUAAAAAAAAUAAUUUAAUCCUUAAAUUGUAUCUCAUAUGUGUUUGGAAGCGAUUAAAAGACAUAAGGACUUUAGUCUUUGGUGUCCAGUACAGAUGCGGUUUAUAUUGGGUACAAUAGUGUUUUUCUCAAGCAGGUGGGAUUAUAAUCGUGACUUUACUGCUAUUAUUAUCAAUAUACGGACGUUAUGAUCGUGUGAGUGCUAAUUGUGAGAUAAAAUAAUUUAGAUAUUGGAAAAAAAAAAAAAAAACUGUACGAAAACUAACAGAGGAAGAAGAAUCGAUCACAAAGAUAUAUGACACAGUGAAAUCGUAAAACACUGCUACGACUCUCUAGGCUUGUUACUUGUUUAAUAUUCUAACAAUCGACAAGUGAGAGACUAAUAUAAGAAAGAAGUAACAGCAUCCACAUCUGAAUCAGAAUCAGUAGAAGUGGUGUUGGGUAGAAGGGACAAUAGCAUCGUGACAUCUUCGAUAAGACCCGCGGACGUGAGAAUAAAUCAGUGAAAAUCGUGUCCAUGAAGCGACAAGAUGAAGACGCGGAAGCUGCUGUUGCCGGUGUUAUUAACGCUUGGCAUUGUGUUUUUCUUAGUGCUUCCAUCGAUUGCGGAUGACCAUCUAUCUCAAAUUAAAUCAGCAAACAAAAAAUUUUUAAAAAAUUAUACUAAGCAUCGUGAUAAAAAUUCUAAGGGAAAAUACGAUCCGGAGCUACAUGACAAAGCCUAUGUCUACAGUGAUGAAGUUACCGAACAUUUUAUUAAUGAUGAUCACGAUGAUGGUACUGACAGUUUGGUUAAUAGAAACAAUCGUGCCAUUGCUGUUUCAAGUUCUAAUAAUGGAAAUUCAAGUAAAAUUGGACAGCAAGUUAUAAAAUCAAAUCUACCGAACGAAACAUUGAAAGUCGACAAAAAAACAUCUAUGAGAGCACGUAAAUUGAAGAAUUUUACUAUCGCCAAUGGUAUUUGCCAAAGCAUCGAUAUUCGAAAUCGUGUUAGCAAUUUCGAAAUAUUAAGAGACUGCGAAGUCAUCGAAGGUUUUCUUCAGAUAGUAUUGAUCGACAAUAACACAGAGAGUGAUUUUGAGGAUCUUAGUUUUCCAAAGUUACGAGAAAUUACAAGUUAUAUGCUAUUGUAUCGUAUAAGUAAUCUCCGUUCACUACAAAACUUGUUUCCAAAUUUAGAAGUCAUACGUGGUGAUAAACUUAUACUAGAUUACUCAUUUAUGAUCUACGAAGUACCAAACUUAGAAGAGAUUGGCUUAACAAAGUUGACUAAGAUUUUGAGAGGCGCUGUCAGAAUAGAAAAAAAUCCUUCGCUUUGCUAUGCAAACACUAUUGACUGGAAUGAAAUUGUUGUUAAUGGAGAAAAUGUUAUCAAAGAUAAUCAAAAUCCAGGGGAUUGCCGAGUUGAUUGCUCGUCAUGUCCUGGUAAAUUAUGCUGGAAUGAAAAUUCUUGUCAAAAAACGAAGAAACCCGAGUGCCAUGAAAAAUGCCUUUCGGAUUGUUUUGGUUCGACAGACAGAGACUGUUAUGUUUGUAAAAAUUAUCGAUAUGGCGGUCGAUGUGUCUCAGAAUGUCCAAAUCAUUUGUAUGCAUAUUCAUCGCGACGGUGCAUAACAGCUCAGGAGUGUUCGAAUUUGAAUAAUAUUCGUAAAAGUGAUGAAGAUAGUAAACGAUGGCGUGCAUUUAAUGGCCUAUGCUUGGAUCACUGUCCACUUAAUUUCGAGGAAAGAUUCGAUCAAAACAACUCUCCAACAUGUGAAGCGUGUAAUGGCACAUGUCGUAAAAUAGGAUUCAGCGGAUUAAUCCGACAUAUAUCCGAUUUACAACGUUAUCAAGGUACGACGUUUAUAGACGGUAAUUUAGAGUUUCAAAUCCAAAAUGAAAUUCCAAACAUAGUAGAAGAAUUAACUAACGCCUUUGGCCUGGUUGAAGAAAUCACAGGCUAUCUGAAAAUAUCACAUUCGUUUCCGAUAGUCUCACUGGAAUUUUUCAAAAAGUUGCGUGUCAUUGGCGGUAAAUUUGUGGACAUGGCUAGAGCAAGUGUCGUCGUCCUCGAUAACCCAAAUUUAUCAAGUCUCUUUCCGGAAUCACAAACAGUUAAAAUUUUGAAUGGUCGGAUAUUUUUCCACUACAAUCCGCGACUAUGUAUGUCAAAAAUAAUAUCUUUUGCUAAAUCUGCAGGGAUUAAAAAUUUUACGGAGAUAGAAAUCCAACCAGAUUCUAAUGGUGAAAAAGUAGCAUGCGAUAUUGUAAACAUAAAUUUAACAAUAAAACAAAAAGGAUCGUACUUUGUAGAUUUAGCAUGGGAAAUUUAUAAUCCAAGCGAAGGACAACGUUUAUUGGGCUAUCUAUUGAGUUACAUCGAGACAAAUAAUGAAAAUGUUACUUUUGAAGGUAAUUCGUGUGGUGACAAACACUGGCAAGUAUUAGACGUUGAGAUUCCGUCAUUAGAUUCGCCAAACACUAAAAUAUCUAAAUUGAUAGUUGAUCUUAAACCAUACACUAAGUACGCUGCUUACGUUAAAACACUUGCAGUAAGAGAUAAAAAUUCUUUUCGCAGUCCAACUGGACAAUCAGAAAUAAUGUAUUUCACUACUGAGCCUGACAUACCAUCAGUACCAUUUGACGUUAAGUCUUAUGCCAAAAGUACUUCUGAAAUAAUCGUUGAAUGGAGUCCGCCUGAACAACCUAAUGGUCCAAUAUUAAAUUACAUCAUAAGGGGCUACUUACGCCGAGAAGACCGUAAAUUUUUACUAAGCCGUAAUUAUUGCAACAACGAGUUGGUAAAUGAAAUCGAAGAACAACAAAUACCAGAAGUGACUGUGAAACCAGCAUUAAUCGAUCUCAGAGUACCUGCAUGCUGCCGAAAAGAUCGUAUUGUUUCAACAGAAUCGGCAUCUAAAAGUUUUGAAAUAUUUUGCCCUAAUAAUGUGACGCUAACUCAUGCAUCACCAGAUAAAAGAAAUUACUGUCGUUUUAAUGAAUACGUUGUCAACAAUAAUUACAAAUCCGAUUUUAGUUCGGGCGUCAAUUUUCCAGUUGAAGCUACUAAAAUAGAUAUACUUGAUGAUAAAAAAACACGCAUUUACAAUGACGUGUACUAUUCAUUCGUAUUUAAUGUAAGUGCCAAUAUUAGUUCAUAUAGUUUGAAAAAAUUACGUCAUUAUUCACUUUACACAAUAUCGGUAACAGCAUGUGGUGUCACUCUUAAAAAUGGUACACGGUUGUGUUCAUCAAAUCAGUAUACUAAUGUAAGGACUAAAGCAUUGUUACGUAUGGACGAUGUUGAUAAUAUUAAAAUAAGUGUAUUAAAUGAUACAAUUGUUUUGAUAACCUGGGACACUGUUAAUGACCCAAACGGUAUUACUGUAUCAUAUAUAAUUGAGUAUACGAAUCUCAAUGUGCAGAAUGCUAAAAAAAAUACAAUAUGUAUAUCAGAAGGUGUCUAUCGUGAAAAACGUGGUACUUAUACACUUACGAAUCUCACACCAGGCAGAUAUAGUGUCCGUUUACGCUCAACAUCACUAGCUGGUAGUGGUAAUUGGUCACAAAUAAAUUAUUUUUCGAUUGAUAUUAAAAACGAUAAACUUACAAUAGUUAUAAUACUUGUAGUAUUAUCUUUUGUUAUCGUAAUAGCUAUUAUUGGAUAUUUUUAUUUAUCAUAUCAGAAGAAAAAGUUCCAAGCGCGUUUGAUAGCAAGUGUUAAUCCGGAUUAUGUUGAAACAAAGUAUGUUAAAGACAAUUGGGAAGUACCACGAGAAAAUCUCGUUGUUGGUGGACCCCUUGGUUACGGUAAUUUUGGUCGUGUCUUUCGUGGUAAAUUGAACGGCGUACAAGAUGUCGCUAUUAAAACGAUAACUGAAAAAAAUUAUACUGAAGAUGAUAAAAAUGAAUUUUUGAAUGAAGCAUCUGUUAUGAAAAAAUUUUCAACUUAUCAUAUUGUUAAAUUAUUGGGUGUUGUUUCAGAAGACGAGCCACCUUAUGUUAUUAUGGAGCUGAUGGAAAAAGGGGAUUUAAAAUCAUAUUUACGCGAAAAUCGUGAUAUAUUGAUAUUAGAUGUCCCACGUAUUAUAAGAAUGGCUGGUGAAAUAGCUGAUGGUAUGGCUUAUUUAGAGGCUAACAAAUUUGUUCAUCGUGAUUUAGCGGCACGUAAUUGUAUGGUAUCUAAAGGGUUAGUGUGUAAAAUUGGUGACUUUGGUAUGGCUAGAGAUAUUUAUGAGACUGAUUAUUAUAAGAUUGGCCAAAAAGGCUUGUUGCCCAUUCGUUGGAUGGCGCCUGAAAAUUUAUCCGACGGUGUAUUUACGUCCGACUCAGAUGUUUGGUCAUUUGGUAUUGUACUGUAUGAAAUUCUUACAAUGGGCGAACUGCCCUAUCAAGGUUUCUCGAAUGACGAUGUCCUGAGCCAUGUUUUAAGGAAGGGUAUCGUUACCAUACCACGUAACUGCCCGGAAAUAGUUCUCAAGUUGAUGGAAAAGUGCUUUAAGUGGCGUCCAAGUGAACGACCAACUUUUAUCGAGAUAGUGUCAGAACUUGAGCCUUUCUUAGCCCAAGACUUUUGUGAAAAAUCGUUUUAUCAUUCUGAAGAGGGUGUUGCGUUACGCAAUGCGGGGAUAAAAAAAACUUACCAUAAUCCCGCGCAAAUACGAUUUUAUUGGGGCCAGGAGUCUACCGCACGAUGGGUUAGAGAUUGCGAGGACAACGUUACGUUAUUGGAUCAAACAAUGACAACCGGGGCUAACAGGAAUCGUAAAUUAAAAAACGGAUUACAGCAUCUUGGUAAUGUACUUGCCAUGGAAGAUGUACCGCUCGAUCGAUGAUAGAGCUUAUUCUUCUGGCAUUUAAUUGUAAAUUAUUACUAUCAUUAUUAUUAUUAAUUAAUUAAUUAACAUCGUCGAAAAAAAAUCGAAAAACAUUUUUAUUAUUUGUAAGUAAUUAAUUUUAUAAAUUUGUGUGUGUCAAUAUGUACAAACGAUAUUCUCAGGGCAACAAUAGUCGAUUAUAGUUGUUAAAACAAAAAAUGCAUGGAUAGAUAAAGAAAAGCUUUUUAAAUCGACCGUUUUAAAAUCAAAAUCCAUUUGCGUACUUUGAAUUUUUUUUU